GUAUUAACCGAAAAUAUUGAGGUGCUUCGCCGCUUCAUAUUGAAGGGAGUGGAUCCUAAUCAAACUGGGAAGAGACUCCCAAUACAGAUGGCUGCGUGCGUCGGUAACUUGGACAUCUCUCGAGUCCUACUCGAAGCUGGAGCGUGCGCUGACUAUGCGACCCUCCCCUACGGGUAUCAUGAGUUGGAUAACAUAUGGAUCGGAGGAUGGAACGCCAACUGGUCUCAAACGAAGUACCACUCUGUUUCUCCUGAACAAAGUGCUAUCCAAAUAGCACUGGAAAGAGGCGAUAAGGCCAUGUUCGAACUUCUCAUUCAGUAUGGAGCCUGCCUGCCAAAUAAUCGUCCGUGUGUUUGUUUGCGACGAGAAGAUAUAUCCCUAAGCCGACACAUAUUGCCAGCAAUUUCAGGACGCGCAGAUUCAAAACCCUUAAAACCCAUUCCAUGCCCCUGCCGAGUAGACUACGAAGAAGCCUGUGAGAACGAUGACAAUUGGAUGUACAAGGACUGUUGGGCACAAAAGGCCAAUGAAAGCGUCUGGAAUCCCUUAUUCAAUGCCGCCAAAGGAAAGAAUAGAGAACUCUUUACUAGAGUCCUUACAGCUGCGACCACGGACCAGAUGCCAUGGAUGACUACUCGCUGUGUUGUCGAAUGUAUCAAAGCCUUCGAUGCGAGCUUUCUUGACUUGUUGUUUUCGAGUAAAACAUGUUCAAGAUCUCCUCGUGUCUUUCGUCAGCUGAUGCUACUAGCCGUGAAGAACAACGCACAGAGUGCUUUGCAGGAUAUUUUGCAAAACCAUGAGUUCAGCGCUCAAGAUCUUGGAGUGGGCCUUGCGCACGCAGCGGUCUACUUAAAAGAGCGUGUGAUCCAGGCCUUCCUUGAUGCUGGGAGCUGGCCGGACGAUUCUGUAGGUGCUCACAUCUGGCCCAACGGAUACCCUCCACUAGACAAAGAAGAAGAUACCGCGUACCAGAUCAGUGUUCUCAGGCAUACCCUUACAAUCUACAAUCAUCCUUUCGCACCCAUCAUAUAUAACCACUACCAGAAGUUCGCCAGCAGAGCCCAGGAGCCACAGCUCAGGACACAUUUCAUACAAGCAUACGCUAUAGCCAUACGGUGCGGAGACAUACAUCUAGGACAAAUGCUUGCCAAAGCAGUAGGCAUCAACGCAGUGCUAUACCGGGCGCUGCCUACUCUAGUCCCAAAUGAAGACAGAUGCUAUGUGUCAGCCGUCCGUUUAGCAGUCCGAUUUAAGCGUUACGACUUCGUGGACUGGCUUCUGGAAAAUGGCGCAGAAGUCGAGAUUGCAACAAACAGCAGCCAUGGACCCCUAGCGCACUCGUCCCUUCAAAUCGCUUCAAAAGAUGGCAAGAUCUCGCUAGUUGGGACGCUGCUCAACAAAAGUGCUGAUGUUAAUGCUCGGCCAGCCAAGUAUCAUGGCGCCACGGCGUUACAGUUUGCGGCGAUGAACGGCCAUUUUGAGAUAGCCAAUCUUCUGAUUAAUGCUGGAGCUGACCUGACCGCGCCCCCGGGCGUUUUUGAGGGAAGGUCGGCUAUCGAGGGUGCGGCUGAAGCUGGCCGCAUGGACAUGGCAAGACCAACUAUCGGAGGACCGUAUUUAGGGCGUGGCAGCACGGUCAUCACGCUCUCUCUUCGAUGAUCAGAAAAUGGAAGGCUGAGAACGAUCCGGAAUACUCCGAGGAGGCAGACUCUGUUGCAGCCAUCUUAAGAACCAUGACGCUUGAAUCUCUGGCGUGUGCUGGGUCUUACAGACUGGAGCCGAAGCUCGUCAAUCGUGAGCACCUAUGCCAUGAUUGUGUGUCGUGGGAUUGGCUAAAAAUUUUUAAAGU